GGGGCUCUCCGGGAGUGGCUCCAGGAGCACACUGCGUGCCAGCCCCACCUCCAGGAACCAUCGAAUAGUUACAUGCAGUUACACGACUAUUCGUGUAACAUCCCCACUGUGGAUACCUAAAGCAAAAAGAUCUCAGGGCUGCCAAAAGUGCAGAUCUUUUUGCAGGUCCCGCCUUCGCCCGAGGCCCUGAGCUACAGCCAUUGACACUAUUGUGAUAGUAAUCCGUCCAUGCCUAGCAGGGAAAUGAGGAGGUGGCUCUGCGCACUGCCAUUCUCCUCCCCCUUGGAGAUGUGUGCACCGGCUCGUCACGAACAAGGAGAGAAACUCCACCUGUCCAUGCGCUGAUCUGUCCUCACCUGCAGCUCCCAUUGGCUGGGAAUCAUGGCCAAUGAGAGCUAUAGGGGAAGAACCACCUGCUUCCCCCUCAGCCAAGGUCACUCCCACAGCAGCUUCCAAGGAGCAGCAGGGGGUGAGGCCAAGCAGGGAGCCUCUCUCAGCCCUGUUGCAGCUCCAAAAGGGAGCUGCCCAAGCUAAGAACAGUGUGAAAUCACGUGAACACCAUGCCCUAGAAAUUGAUGGCAAAAAUCUGAAGAUACUUAUUCAGGCAGAUUCAGAGGUAGAGGAUCCUAGAGAAAGUCAGCCUACAACACAAUCCCUGGGCCUGACUAGCACCUCACAGCUUCAGAAGAAAUCUGACAAGAAACAGCUUGGGGAAAAACAUGAUGCCAGUUCAUCUUCUGGAGCAUUUACUGAAAAGAUUUUUCUCCAUGUGUCUGCAACCUUGAAUACCAACCUGUUCACUAAACAGCAAAGACAACAAGUGAUCGUUCUGUGCCCACAAUUAAAAAUAGAACAAAAAUCUAGUGACCAUGGCAUUGAGAAAGUGAAAGGAGACUAUGAAGAUAUUGAAAAAGUAUAUCACUAUUUUGAUGAUCUCCUUAUAAAAAAUGACCAGCACACUGAUUUUUCAUACUCUGAACGAAAGAAUGAGUUGGAAGAGAUGACUAGGAAUGGUUUGGAGGAAGUGAACAAUAUUGAAGUUCCAUCAGCUCUUUAUGAAUACUUUAACCAUGUCUUUGAAGAACAAAUUAAAAAAUUACAGGAACAUUUUAAAGUAAAAAUAAAAAGCAAAGAGAAUGAUCGUGGACUCACUUCAGUAUGUUUCAUAUCUGUUGAGAAGUCUGGAUUAGCAGAUAAAGCUCGUCAGUCUUUUAUCAGUGAUUUUCAGAAAGGAAUAGCAGAUUUAAAACAAGAAAAAGUUAUGUUGUCAAACAGUUCCCAGUUAAAUGAAACACUACAGAAAUUAAAUACUAAGUUUAGGCGUCUUCUUGCCAAAAAUGAAGGAAAUACAGUAAUACUGCGUGGUCCAGCAAAUGAGAUUUUGGCAGCAAAAAAAUUUCUUGAAGAAAAAAAUACAAACAGCCCAGUUGAAAUUCCUGUGAAAAUAACAUCUGAAGCUUACUCCUUUAGGAAUGGAAUUGAAGUUGAUUCUGUUGGAUUUAAACUCUUGGAAACAAUAUUCAACAAAGAAAUUGAAGCAAUAAAUCAAAAAUUUGAUACUAUAAUGGAGACCGAGGGCUAUCCACAGAGUCAGACAGUAUUUGUCAUAUUCAAACCUAAAACCAAAAAUUUAGAUAUGUCUGCACAUGCUUAUGAAAGCUUCAUUACUGCAUUUCAGAAAGCCACAGCAAUAAAUGAAGAAGAGAAAAAACAGCUGACCAAGUCCUUUAAUAAUCUACAACAGGAAAAUGCAGGUAUUACAAUUCAGGAAAAGGGGAAGAAACUCAGUUUACAAAGUUUACCAUAUCUGCAUGCUGAUGGAAAGCACAUGGGGCGCUCUUUUAACUUUGAAAUCCCUGCAUCAUUUAAAGGAGAGAGAGCUCUCACUUAUGGUGCCAGCUAUGCAAGUGCUUCAGGAACUUCCUGGAAUGCAGAUGAUAAGAAAAUGAAUAGGGUUCCUCUCAAAGAACAAUCUAGACCCCAGAUAGCAGGAGGAGAGGAAGCCAAAGACCAGUGUGCUAUUUGCAUGGAUAAAAUCCAUCAAAAAGAAGUACUAAAGUGCAAACAUGAAUUUUGCAAAGUAUGCAUCCAAGAGGCAAUGAAGUAUAAGCCAGUCUGCCCUGUCUGUAAUACAUUUUAUGGUCUCCUAAAAGGAAAUCAACCAGAUGGAACAAUGACUUCCUCAAAUAUGAAUUAUUCACUCCCUGGCUAUCCUCAUUGUGGGACUAUUAAGAUUGAUUAUAAUAUGCGAGGUGGGAUUCAGACUAAAAGCCAUCCAAACCCAGGCAGACCAUAUUAUGCAACAAGUCGAACAGCAUACUUACCUGACAACAAGGAAGGAAGAGAAAUUUUGAAGCUGCUUAGAAGGGCCUUUGACCAACGAUUGAUCUUCACUGUGGGGCAAUCACGUACUUCUGGUGCAACGGAUGUUAUCACCUGGAAUGAUAUUCACCAUAAAACAAGCAUACAUGGGGGACCUGAAACGUUUGGUUUUCCUGAUCCUAAGUAUCUGAAACGUGUUCGAGAAGAACUGAAAGCAAAAGGAAUUGAAUAAAAACAUGUAUCUGCCAGCUGUUCUUAAGCUGCAUUCAGAAUACAAUAUAGCACAUAGGUCUGCAACCUUUCAGAAGUACUGUGCUGAGAUUUAACUUAUUCACUUCUAUUUACAGGUCUACAUGCCAUCGAUACUUUUUAAAGUCAAUAAUAGUUCUCCUUACAGCAGCUUCAUUAAUAAAUACAUUGAUGCAGAUCUUACUGUUUUAGUAACACAGAUUUUUAAAAAAAUUAUUAAGACCAGAGUUUUAGAUAUCUGCAACGCUCAAAAAAAACCCGUUUAAAAUAAUCUUUUUCUUUCUUACUUUGGGAUACACAGGCUUAAUUCUUGGCUCCAUCACAGACUUUUUGAGUGAGCUCAGGUAACCCCCCCAAGGGUACAUCUACACUACAGCUGGAGGUGCAAAUUACAGUUCAAGGAGACAUACACACACACUACCUUUAGCUGAGGUAGUGUGCUGAGGGUAGGUCUGCACUACAGUUAAAAACUCGCUACUGUAAGGUGUGGAGCACACACCUCUUGUUAGUACUAAGGGGAGCUGAAGAUGCACCCAAGUGUCUGAGUGUAACACUGAGCUGGUAGAACAUUUUAAAGUGUUUUUUUUUCUUUUAGGGAGCAGGAAAGGACUCUUUCUAAAACAAAACUGUCUCAUCUCAAACUGUCGGUAUUGUCAAAAUGGUUCCUAUUGUGUAAAAGAUGUCACUAUCUCAAACUUCAAAGUCUUUUAUAACUAGUUAGCACUAGUUUUUGAAGGUGCUUUUUGUAAAGGAAAAAUUUCACUAACUUCUUUGGGGGGGGCAGGAGGAAAUUUAAAAGAUGUAGGACAUUUUGAAAAAGGAGAAAAAAAUAAAAUAAAUAGAUCCAUUUGGCACACUUUGAAAUGAAAAUGAAUUCAUAAGUUAAUACAUUUCUUCCCCCCUCUCCCCCCAGUGAAAAUAGGUAAUCAUAUUUCAGCCAAUUCUGGUAACAGGGAAAAAUCAUGAGUUAUACUUUAACAAUUUCCAUUAGAGCCUUAGCUUUAUUUUUUAGAUCUAGACUCAGAAAAACAGAGGUAUUUGGCUGCCUGAAGAGGCAGAUACAUGCCUAACCUGCUUUGCAUUCUGGAAAACCCCAGAUGUCUAACUCCCAUUGAAAGUCAGAUGAAAAUAAUCCCAUUAGGCACCUAUUUGUCUCUUUAGGAGUUUGUACAUCUAGGCCAUUAACACCUCCUUAUCUUGCUGCUCCAUUUCAAGUACCAAGCAGCUUCAUUUAGCAGCUGCUUGACAAUGCCCCGCCCCUAGCCAAUCAGCUGUGAGACUCAAGCAGCAGUGCAGGCUUUCUGCUGGUGGGCCAGAACAGAGCUCCCAGCCACAUGCCAAUGAACAAAGCUCCUAUGUGCUAUAGUUUGCAGACCUCUGAUACAUUUACUUCAACAUAUCAGUUGAUUAGAUGCAUAUAUAAAGUUAGAGUAUUUCUUCCAAGAAAAGCACACAUUGCUUUAUUUAUAAAUGUGCACUUUUCUUUUACAGUUGCAAGAACAGGAAUUAUCACCUAAGGGGAAGCAUGUUUGACCCCCUAAUAUGGGCCCAAUCUUACAAACCCUUUGAGUAAUUGUUAUAGGGUUAUACAUGUAAAUAAGGAUUACUUGUAUGAAUGCAUAGCUAACAGAUUCAUACCCUCUCUAUACAACCUUAGUAUUAUCAGAAUAUAUUCUGUUGAGGUUUUUAUAGUGCACCCCCUCACCAUGAUAUCUGAGAGCCCAACAUUAAGCAAGGUGACUAAUCUAUCACAUGUGAUUCUUCCUUUCUUUCCUUCCCCAAGAGAAAAUGCCAUAUAGUGUUUUGGAGUUUUAAUGUAUAUGAUAUGCCUUGUUUUUAUAUUAAUGAAGGCAUAGAAGAAUAAUUAGUUUGGGUAGUGCUGAUGUGUGAAGUUCUCUGGUCAGCAGGAUUUUGUUCCUUUGUUUUUAGAAGUGUUCAGUGUCCAAAAUUCCCAUUGAAAUCAUUGGAAACUGGGAGGGCCUGGUAUCUCUAAAAAUCAGGCCCUAGUUCUGAGUCUUUGAUUACAUGUUCAACAAGCCUAUAGGCAUUGCAUUAUAAACUGCUUUUAGCUUUUUAUUUUAUUUUGCUUGUAAUCACAAUUUAUCCUCCAGUACAUGGAUGAAAUACUCUCUGCUGAUACACAUUUGAUUGAUGUAGAAAUUUUAGUGUUGGUAAUUUACAUGAACAAAAUUUUCUUCAAUUUACACAGUUAUAAAACAUAAGGCUCUGAUUUUAGUGCACUUGACGAUUGUUAUUAGCUAAGUAGUUUUCGCAAAGAAAAAUGCGAUCUGCUUCAGCUGUCUCAUUUUGUCUCUGCAGUGCCAUGUAGGGUACGUCU